GUUUCAUUUUGUUGUUUUAUUUGUUGUUGUUGUUGUUUUUUCUGUUAUCCCACAGAUUUAUAUGUCAUUCGUCCUCCGUUUAUGUCGCCUUCGUUUGUUUCUUGUUCUUAUACGUCACUGAUUUGCCAACCACAAGACGCGAAUUGCGAUUAUAGCUUGCUAGCAAAAUCAUCGCAAGAAAUUCAACUUGAUUUCUCAAGAAUUUUAACUAAUUUCUUCGAAUCGAAUCGAAAGAAAAAAAAAAACAAUAAUCAACCCCGCAGACGGAGACACAAUUUUUGUGUCCAAAUCAGCAGUGUUAAAAAUUCCACAUUUUUGCAUUCCGAUUCUUGCCUUACUUGCCGAUAGAAAGUGUUGAGUGUUUGUUCCUCCGCUUAGUAUAUAAAUAAAAUAAAAUUAGACGAAAAGUGUUGGAAGCUUAUAAAUCAGCUAAAAAAGAAAGAAAAAAAAAAAACCUCAAGAAAAGUGCAAACUAGUUUUGUGUGAUUUACCAGACCACACAACUUUGCCAAAAAAUACAAAGUUAAAAUCUAGCCCUUCUUCGUUUUUAGCAAAAGAAAGGAAAAAAUAAAAACUUCAGAAAUUAUGGAUGAUUUAGACGCUCUAUUAGCUGAUUUACAAAACAGCGUUCCAGGCCAACAUAAGUACCAGCCAAUGGCAUCAUCAACAAACUAUCAGCAGAAUUAUGGAGGUACUCCUGGUUAUGGAAGUGUACGACCGAAACAAACUUCAGUUUCUCCUAUUUAUCAAGAACACUAUACAAUGACUGAGACACGAAAAUCCGCUUCACCAGCAUUCAAUGGAAGUAGUGGUGCUGCUGCUGCACCACCAAAUCAAUAUCACCAUCAAUAUCACCAUCAAUAUCAACAUCAAGGUGCAACACCAAAAAUUCACAAUAAUGGUCUUUAUGGAACAGCAAAUCGAGGUGCUGCUUCAACUUCAGUUUCUAAUUCCAAAAAUAUAUGUGAAUUGGAUAAUCUUUUGCAUGACUUGAGUAAUGGAAGAUAUGAUAGUACUUUGGAGAGAAAAGAAGCUGCUAUGCCUGUUGCUUAUGGUAUAAGCCAGGUCAAACAACAACCAGGAAGUAAUUAUAGUACUCUAACUGGUACAACUAAAAGACCAACUGUUGAUAGUCUUUUAGAUGAAUUGACAAAUGCAUCUACUAACUCCAUUUAUGCUGUUCCAAAUGGCUCUGUUAAUACUGCUGCAAAAUCACCAACUCCUGGACGUCAUGUUACUAUCACUGUUAGAGAAACUACUACUGAAAAACUAACUGGCCCAGAGGGUGCACCAGUUGCUUCAUUAGAAGAACAAAUUGUUCAUAAAAAGGACUCUUAUGCACCACCACCGCAAAUGGGAGCGGCUGCAGCUCCACCAACGACUAUGUUUGCCUCUUCGGCCACUAAGGAAUUGGAUGAUCUUAUGGCUUCAUUGUCAGACUUUAAGGUCGCUUCAGGUUCAAAUCAUCAUCAAGCUGUUGUAACAGAUUACGCCAAACCAAACAAAGGCAUAUCCCAUCUAACUCAAACCGAAAUCACUGAAACUUCUACAAUCGUAGAAGAUCUUCACCACCAUCCAACACAUAUAGUUGGAGGCGAUAAUUUAGAAUCUAUGCUUGGUAGUUUACAAGCAAAUAUGUCUCGUCAAGGUGUCAAUACUGUGCAAAAAGGCUGUUGCAAUGCCUGUGAAAAACCAAUUGUUGGCCAAGUUAUAACUGCAUUGGGUAAAACUUGGCACCCAGAGCAUUUUACAUGCAAUCAUUGUAGCCAAGAAUUGGGUACACGUAAUUUCUUUGAACGUGAAGGCUUCCCAUACUGUGAACCGGAUUAUCAUAAUUUAUUUAGUCCACGUUGUGCCUAUUGUAAUGGUGCUAUUUUGGAUAAAUGUGUGACAGCAUUGGACAAGACCUGGCAUACAGAACAUUUCUUCUGUGCCCAAUGUGGUCAGCAAUUUGGUGAAGAUGGUUUCCAUGAGCGUGAUGGCAAGCCAUAUUGUCGUACUGACUACUAUGAAAUGUUUGCUCCCAAGUGCAAUGGAUGCAAUCGUGCAAUUAUGGAGAAUUACAUCUCAGCCUUGAACUCUCAAUGGCAUCCAGAUUGCUUUGUUUGCAGGGAUUGUCGUCGACCCUUCCAAGGUGGGUCAUUCUUUGACCAUGAAGGUCUUCCUUAUUGUGAGACUCAUUAUCAUGCGAAACGUGGUUCCCUUUGUGCUGGCUGCUCGAAACCAAUUACUGGACGUUGUAUUACUGCUAUGUUCAAGAAAUUCCAUCCAGAACACUUUGUGUGUGCCUUCUGUUUGAAACAACUGAAUAAGGGAACUUUCAAGGAACAAAAUGAAAAACCAUACUGCCAUGCAUGUUUUGAUAAAAUAUUUGGUUAAAAAAAUAAAAUUUCAAAAAAAAAAUAAAAUUAAAAAAAAAAUAAUAAUAAAAUAAAAAGAAUUUGAAAAAAAAAACUAAACUCAUAAAACUUGAUUACCUACUAAAAAAAAUAAUAACAAUAUUAAAAACCAUACAUAUUAUUCAAGUCAAAAAAAUAUAUAUACAUUUAUAAACAUUCAAUGUUAGUUGUUAGUCUUAAAAAAGGAAUAAUAAUAAAAAAAAAACUCAUGUUCUCUUUUUAUUUUAUUUGUAUAACAUAAUGAAC